CUAAAGAGUUGGAGAGACUCCUGGCGUGAGGCUCUGUAGAGCACUUUCUCCCCCAAUACCAUUUGGAAGCUGUGGUCCAGGGCGUCGCUUCAACCUCGUCACCCCCUUCUUGUCCACUCCAAACCUUGCGUCUCCUUGGCUUCCUUGCUCGUCUCGUCCAUCCUUUCUCCUCUUGGGGCUUUCUCCUCUUUUUCUGCUCGCAUCUUUGCCUUUUACUGUACUCGUCUCCCUGUUGACUUUGAUCUAUUCCUUCCCUCUUCUCCCUCUUCCUACUCUCAUCGUCUCAUAUCUCUUUAUUUGUUGCAUUAUAAUCUUGAAUAAACAAGAAGCGUCUCUGUUUUUCUUUCCAGCUCUCUCACACUCUCUGUUGUUUUGUCAACUAUCUGAUUUUGCCGUCCGUACAAGGACAUGCUGCUUCCUUUGCGGCAUUGUCGACUACUAGCCUCUCAUUUCAGCGUCACAUAGACAGAAAACACCAAACCAACUACACACAGCCACCAAAAUUAGACUCGACGACGACCUCAUCACGUCUCCCAAAAAGACUCUGGUCUCGCGAUACGAAACACCCUCGAACGACUUUAACGCCGGCACGUUGGACAUUCACGGGUUUUCAGGCAAUUCGUUGCCCCUUAUCUUCUCUUCUUUCCAGGUUGAUCCUCGGCCUACUUCUGUGCGCGUGCUUGCACUGCUUUGCCGACACCUUUGAGAUAUCUUUUUGAUCUCGGACAUUCAUUGCUCUCUUUCCAAAUUGUUUUUCUAUCCUCAUAUUUCAUUCAUCGUCUCUUGAUACCAUUCCUUAGUCUUCUUCCGUCAAACGAAUUCCAACUAUUCCUCGAUCUUUCCUACUCUAUAUCCCAUCCUUUGGAUAUAUCGACAUACCUAUCACGACAGAAACUUCCUCAAGCCAUUUCCUCGGUCAGUUCCGAACGAGCCACGAAUUUCCCGUAUUUCUGUAGUAUCAUCUUGCACGACAUACACUCAAUAUGACCCGAGUUCACUCUAACUGGAGUGCCUGGAAGGUGGCUGUAACGGCCGCGACCCUCGUCACCGGGGUUCUUGGUGACAACAUUCUCAAGACAUCUGGUGUUGCUGAUUGCGGUUCAGAGCCCGGUAUCAGCAUUGACAAGUUGGACAUCAGUUACGACAACGACAAACAAACUGUCACUUUCGAUGUUGCGGGUACCAGUGACAAGCAGCGAAAUGUCUCUGCCAUCCUCGAAGUCAACGCAUAUGGCCGCAAGGUCUACGAGAAUUCAAUCAACCCCUGCAGUAAAGACACUCCCAUCCCCCAGCUCUGCCCUCUCCCCAACAAGCAUUUCGCUGCCGCUGGAAAUCAAAAGAUAGACUCGGAGUGGGCCAACAAAGUUCCUUCUAUUGCUUUCCAGGUCCCUGAUAUCUCAGCUCAAGCAACUCUCCGACUCGUGUCAGUCGACAAUCCCGAAGAGCAGGUUGCGUGUUUCCAGGCUCAAGUCGGCAAUGGAAAGACUGCCUCCGUUCCCGCUGUCACUUAUCUCUCUGUCGGUGUUGUUGGUGCUGCCCUUCUCGUCUCGGGUGCAUCCGCAGCUUCAUCCGCCCUUAGUGGUACUGCAGGCGCUGGACAUGGUGGUGCUCCUAGUCCAAGCUUUGCCGAGACUCUCGGAUGGUUCCAGGGCAUGGCCAUGAACGGCAUGCUUUCGGUCGACUACCCCCCUGUGUACCGCAGCUUUGCCAAGAACUUCGGCUUCUCAGCCGGUAUCAUCCCAUGGGAGUCUUUGCAGAAGUCUAUCGAUAACUUCCGUAACAUGACCGGAGGUGAUCUUACCAACGACAGCUUCGAGGUGCUCAGAAAUGCUACCCUGGUCUUCUCCGAUAACUCUACCAGCUCUCCCGAGGACCACUCGUAUAAAGUUAAGCGUGCUUUCAACACCUUCGAGUCCUUGGCCAACCUCGCCAUCCGUGGCGUUGAGACUUCAGUGGGCGAUACGUCAGAGAGUGAAGGUGGGCAAAGCCUCAAGAACCAGACCCUCUCAGUUUCUGGAAUCUCGGCCUACAUUCAGCAGUAUAGUGUUCCCAAGUCCAACACUUUCAUGAUGGUUCUGCUCGUUGUCGCCAUCAUCAUCGCGACCAUCAUUGUCAGCAUUCUUCUCGUCAAGGCUAUCCUCGAAUUCUGGGCUCUGUUUGGCAGCUUUCCGCAAUCUUUGGCUGGUUUCCGUGAACAUUACUGGGGGUCCAUUGCCCGUACCAUCACCCAUCUAAUCCUCGUCCUCUACGGUAUCUGGGUAUUGUAUUGUGUGUUCCAGUUUACAGUGGGCGACUCGUGGGCCGCACAGCUAUUAGCUGGUGUCACGCUCGCAAUCUUUACAGCCAUUCUUGGUUGGUUCACGUGGAAAAUCUUCAGCACAGUCAGGAAACUGAAGAGCACUGAGGGCAACGCUGAUGCCUUGUACAACGACAAGGAAAUUUGGGUCAAGUACUCUCUUUUCUAUGAAUCCUAUAAGAAAGAUUACUGGUGGAUCUUCAUCCCCACCAUUGUCUAUCUCUUUGCCAAGGGGUGCACUCUCGCUGUCGGCGAUGGUAAUGGCAUGGCUCAGACCAUUGCCCAGCUUGUUGUUGAGUCCAUUUUCCUGUGCCUCCUCGUCUGGACUCGACCCUUCGAGCGAAAAUCCAGCAACAUCAUUGGUAUCGCCAUUCAGACUGUUCGAGUCCUGUCUGUUGCUCUCAUUCUUGUCUUUGUUCAUGAGCUCAAGAUCCCCCAGGACAGCAAGACAAUCGCUGGUGUAGUCCUCAUUGCAGUCCAGUCUGCUUUGACUGGUCUCUUGGUUAUCCUCAUCAUUUGGAACGCGAUCAACGUUCUCGUCAAGGAGAACCCACACCGCAAGCGAAGAAAGGAGAUGGAGAAAGCCAAGCGUGAUAUGGACACUCUCACCCCUCUGGAUGCCCGCAACUCUCUGCUCCUUGAUCGCAAGGACAACAACAACAUCUCCAUGUUCGCCAUGCCUGCUCCUCAAGAAAAGGGCUCGGGCCGAUCUAUGUCCCCUGACCAAUACAGGGACGCUGAGUCAGGAUAUCAACAACCACCACCAAACUACCUGUCUUCGAGCCCCCCAAUGCAACGAAACCUUACCAACAUGGAGCACAACAACGACUCUCAGUAUCUGAUGGACAACGCCGCACCUGUAGCGUGGACCAACCGAGACCCAAGUCCAGUGGGCAUGGGAAGAUACGACUCUGGGGAUACCGGCUACAGCCCUCUCAACAAGCAACAAACAUAUGGGUAUGGAAAUGGAGGCGGUUAUAGAGGGUUUUGAGGAACAGCUGGCAACAGUUGAGUCUCACUGUCCAUAAUGCGAUUUACCUAGCAUAUUUGGAUAUGCUUGUACAGCUAACGCCAUCUGGCUCUUAUCUAUUCGAUACGAUUUUUGGCUGCUUGUACCAAAAAAAGAUUAUCAAAGUCUGGGUAUCUCUCACUUACAUUUUGGAGACGGAGUACGGAAGUACUCGAGGUUUACAGCGAAAGACUUUGUUUACUACGGAAGCGCAUCAAAUCAUUCAUUUUUGUCAAUAGAACCUUUUAACUAUGCAAACAACACUCUCAAUUGUAUCUUUCGUAAAUUUGAUGCAACAUAACACGGCUUUCCCCUACAUCCUUCACUACUCUCCAUGCGUGAGCAGGUAAGAGUUGGAUAUCGCCUUGAAGCUGAACUGCCC